AGACGGACUGGUUUUCUUCUCAUAAGACUCGACGGUUUCAUCAUAUCAGAAAAGACCCGGACAAAGGCAGAUAUACAGCAAACGAGGACCAAACUGGCAUAAAACAGAGAUACAAUUGGAAGGGAGAAGAGAUUGCGAUGUCUUCUCUAUCCGUGUCCUCCCAGGAGGGAAGAAGCAUGUCCAGGAUGUCUAUGAGUCGUUCUCCAGUUUCUCCAAUGAAUGCCCAGGGCAUCCCAUCACCGGCCCAGCUGACUAAAGCCAACGCCCCGGUCCACAUCGACGUGGGAGGACACAUGUACACCAGCAGCCUGGGUACUCUCACCAAAUACCCAGAGUCUAGAAUCAGUCGUCUGUUUAAUGGAACAGAGCCCAUUGUACUGGACAGCUUGAAGCAGCACUACUUCAUCGACAGGGAUGGAGAUAUAUUCAGAUACAUCCUCAGCUUCCUCAGGACCUGCAAACUACUGCUCCCAGAGGACUUCAAGGACUUCCCCCAGCUAUACGAGGAGGCUCGUUACUACCAACUGACACCCAUGGUCCGCGAGCUGGAGCGCUGGCAGACGGAGCAGGAGGGCCAGAAGAGACCGCCCUGCGAGUGCCUGGUGGUCCGAGUGACCCCUGACCUGGGGGAGAGGAUCGCCCUCAGCGGAGGGAAGGUGCUCAUCGAGGAGAUCUUCCCCGAGACCGGAGACGUCAUGUGUAACUCUGUGAACGCCGGCUGGAACCACGACCCCACGCAUGUCAUCAGAUUCCCUCUCAACGGCUACUGCAGGCUCAACUCAGUUCAGGUUCUGGAGAGGUUGUUCCAGAAGGGCUUCAGCGUGACGGCGUCAUGUGGCGGCGGAGUUGACUCCUCACAGUUCAGCGAGUACGUCUUGUGUCGCGAGCUCCGCAGGGGUCAGUCCAUCGGCACCACCAUCCACAUCAAACAAGAGCCUCUGGACUAGGUUGGGAGGAACAGAGGGACCCGUGAGAGAUCAACACGUCCGGUGCUGAUUUUCGAGUCCUAUUUACACAACUUUAACAGUGAAAAACACACAAGGACUUUUCAUGCUUGGGAAUAUCAUUUGCCAGUGACAAUGUAGACUGGACUAGCAAGAUGUGAGAAGGUUGUGAUUCUAUUGAGAUUCAAAGACACUAAAGGCAUCCUCUGAAAUGAGUCUGUCUGAGGUGAGCUCAUUAGCUCUGUUUGUCUGGAACUCUUACUGCUGCCAUUUCCAACAGAGAUACAGUAUCGUUCAGUAUCCAAGUGAAACGGUCCGUCACUUCUGGGCUGUUGACCACUAGGAGGAAAUAGCUCUAGUAAUAUGGUGCUCAAUUCCAGCUUAGGUUUAACUGGGGACUCCUGUUCAAGCCUCAGGAUGGGUCUACCGGUAUGACCUCCGCUUCAGAGACAUUAUGGCUGCGUUUACACAGGCAGCCCAAUUCUGAUCUUUUGUCCAAUGAUUGGUAAACUGUAUAAAUGCAACCAAAAAUGGCCAUGCCCUACCACAGGAAGAACAGAACAUGUCUGUGUUUGCCUCAUUUCUUGACAACUUCCUACCCAAGAUCUGAAUGUCAUUUACUGUAAUGUGUAGGUAUUUGUUCAAUUAAAUGUCAAAUGGACAAUAUGGGGUUUCCAACUUUUAUAUAUACAGUACCAGUAAAAAGUUUGGACACCUACUCAUGCAAGGGUUUUUCUUUAUUUGU